UGUGCGGUAGCGUCGGCCAAUACAAGACGUAUUGGGCGUUGUCUACUAGGUAAAAAGGGCGGUUGAAGCGCUAGCUGUUUUUAGAAAGUAACCAUAGCUUGCAGUAAUCAGUUGUUCAAACAGCAACGUUGGGAAUUUGCGAAAGUUAUAUUUGUAUUUAAGUUGAAAGUGUAUUAAAUUUUAUUGUACAAAAUGAGAGAAAUCGUUCACAUUCAAGCUGGUCAGUGCGGUAACCAGAUUGGAGCUAAGUUCUGGGAGAUCAUCUCGGACGAACAUGGAAUUGAUGCUACUGGUGCCUAUCAUGGUGAUAGUGAUUUGCAAUUAGAACGCAUCAACGUAUAUUAUAAUGAGGCGUCGGGUGGAAAGUAUGUGCCACGCGCAGUCCUUGUUGAUUUGGAACCUGGCACUAUGGAUUCAGUGCGCUCAGGACCUUUCGGACAAAUUUUCCGUCCAGAUAACUUUGUCUUCGGACAAUCUGGUGCCGGUAACAAUUGGGCGAAGGGCCAUUACACAGAAGGUGCUGAAUUGGUCGACUCUGUGCUCGAUGUUGUCCGCAAAGAGGCUGAAUCCUGCGACUGCCUACAAGGAUUCCAACUGACACAUUCCUUGGGUGGUGGCACUGGUUCUGGUAUGGGAACCUUACUCAUCUCCAAAAUCCGUGAAGAAUACCCCGACAGAAUAAUGAACACAUACUCAGUUGUACCCUCACCUAAAGUAUCAGACACAGUUGUUGAACCUUACAACGCGACCCUCUCCGUGCAUCAAUUGGUUGAAAAUACAGAUGAAACCUAUUGUAUCGAUAACGAAGCUUUGUAUGAUAUUUGCUUCCGCACACUGAAAUUGACCACCCCAACAUAUGGCGAUUUGAACCAUUUGGUCUCAUUGACAAUGUCCGGUGUAACCACCUGCCUUCGAUUCCCUGGUCAACUGAACGCUGACUUACGCAAACUAGCAGUGAAUAUGGUUCCUUUCCCUCGAUUACAUUUCUUCAUGCCUGGUUUUGCUCCUUUGACAUCACGAGGAUCUCAACAGUACCGUGCUCUCACCGUGCCAGAACUUACACAACAAAUGUUCGAUGCCAAGAACAUGAUGGCUGCCUGCGAUCCACGACACGGACGUUAUCUCACUGUUGCUGCUAUCUUCCGUGGACGUAUGUCUAUGAAGGAAGUUGACGAACAAAUGCUGAAUAUCCAAAACAAGAACAGCUCAUACUUCGUCGAAUGGAUCCCCAAUAAUGUUAAGACUGCCGUUUGCGAUAUUCCACCAAGAGGUUUGAAAAUGUCGGCUACAUUUAUUGGUAACUCGACAGCUAUUCAGGAAUUGUUCAAACGUAUUUCGGAACAGUUCACUGCUAUGUUCCGUAGGAAAGCUUUCUUGCAUUGGUACACAGGCGAAGGCAUGGACGAGAUGGAAUUCACUGAGGCUGAAAGUAACAUGAACGAUUUGGUCUCCGAAUACCAACAGUAUCAAGAAGCCACUGCUGACGAAGAUGCCGAAUUCGAAGAAGAGCAAGAAGCUGAGGUCGAUGAAAAUUAAAUUUUCACAAAAUGAAUGCUCAAACUUUCGAUGGGACGGCGAAAUCGAAUUGUAUUUUUAUUUAAUUGAAUAAAGUCAGUUGGCUUCAAAAGUUCGAAAAUUGCAAAAAAAAGAAA